CAUUUCAUUUCGCCUCUCGCCUCUCGCCUCUCUCUCUCUCUGGAAAGAGGGCUUUCUUCUGUCUCUCUUCUCUAUCUUCUCUUCUCUAGUCCCCUCUCUUCUCUUAUCUGUCCAUUUCUUCAUCAAGAAGGACCAGAUCGGGUUGAUGUAUCAAUCCUCUUCUCUGGGUCAUCGGGUUUCGUUUGAAAUCUCAGUAAGGAGGAUCAAAUCUGAGCGCGACCUCUGUCACUGUAAGGAGGAUCGGAUCUGAGCGCGACCUCUGUCACUGUAAGGAGGAUCAGAUCUGAAAAAUUUAUCUGAGACUUUGGGUAUGAUUAUGCAUGAAGACUCACGCUUGAUCAGGUUCUCAGAUGGGAUAGUUUCACUGCUUGAGUCUGAAAUUGAUAUUAAUCUCAGGAACUAUCAAAAGCAAAGCAAAGCUCUGUCCCAAACUCUUAACCAAUUCUCAGCCGUGCCCAGAAUAGCCCAAUUGAAAUCGGAGAAGCUCAUCGAGGAAUUGCAUUUGCCUAAUCUAAUAGUUGCUGCCAAAGAGGAGGAAGGAGGAUAUCAUUUGAUCAAGGGAAUCCUGACUCUGGAACAUGCAAAGCUCAAAGUUAGGGUGGAGCUUUUACAGAGAAAUCAAUGUCAUUUUAUGGGGAAAGACCUCCAAUCCUUAAGUAUGAAAGAUCUUCAGAAUUUGGAGCAGCAACUUGAUUCUGCUCUGAAGCACAUGAGGUCUAGAAAGAAUCAACUUAUGUACGAAUCCAUUCAGUGCUUCAGAAGAAGGAUAAGGCGUUGCAAGAGCAAAAUAAUUCUUUAUCUUUUAAUACAAUUUAUGAUCUUUUUAUCUGAUUCAAAGUGGAUAUUGAUCUAAUUCAGUUACAUCUUAAAGGUCAACUUUAAGUGAGUAAGUUUAAGCUUGGAGAUUUGUGCUGGUUUUAGGUGAAAUAGAGAAAAGAAAAAAAAAAAAAAAAAAAAAAAAACCUUGCUCCUCUUUCUCUAAUUAUUAAUCAUGAUGUUUUUGGUAGCUUCAAAUUUUUUUUUUUUUUUCUGUUUUGCUUAGGUGGAAGCUGUUGUUUUUGCCAAUUCUUUUGUUAGUUCUUUGACUUCUUUCACUACAGAUUUUUUUUAUUACAUUAACAAAUCAAUGAAUUGAAAGUGAUUGUGUACUGGGAUUAUUGCUUUAAAAAUCUUGCUCCUUUUUUUUUUUUUUUUCCAAGAUCAUUAUUGUUAUGAAGCAGAUACAUGUUUUUAUCUGCUGCUGUUUUUUAGAUGCAAUCAAAAACCAUGUAUUUAGAAUCAGAUUCAUGCAUUAAGAACCAUAUUUCUCAUAUGGAUAUUGUUUGCUCUCAAUUAGAGAACUAAUCAGUUACGCGUCUUUGCUGGGUUUUUGG